AUGACGAUAUGUUUCAGCAGUGCUCUACGGCUAAUAUUCAUCAUCGCCGUGCGCCGUUCGCAAGUACAUACACACUUAUCCCGUUGGAAUACCUUGGCCGGCCGCGGCUCCUGCACCGGCCGGGAGCGAAUUGUUGAGCGUGCGCAGCCGGCUUCCCUGAGCGGCAAGUACCACCAGAACGAGGAACAACUAAACAACGUUCAAUUAACGGAGUUAGAUUUAAAACUCACUAAAUUUGAAGCGUUGUCUAUGAAGGUUGAUGAUUUGCAAAGUGAAAUAGAGGUUUUAAAUUAUGAAAAUAUUUCGACUGAAAUUGAGGAACGCGAUAAAAUUGAGCAAGAUAUAAUUAUGAAUAUAGCAAAGGCCAAAACUUUAGUCGAAAAAUUUUCCAAAAAAUUAGAAUGCGAAAAAAGGCGCAGUUCGGGUCAUAACGCGUCAUGUUGCAUAGAUGAUCCUAAUCACCCCCACGAAUUAGGGUUGAAACUCCCUCAAAUUCAAAUAGCCAAAUUUGAUGGCGCAUAUUUCCGUUGGUUGGAGUUUCGGGAUACUUUUGAAAAUCUGAUACACAAGAAUGAUCGCAUAUCAGACAUUCAUAAAUUCCAUUACCUCGUUUCUUAUUUGCAAGGUGACGCGGCCAGGAUCAUUUCAAAUUUAGAGGUGUCAACCAACAAUUAUGCUGAAGCGUGGAAGAUGAUUUGCAAUAGAUACGACAACAAAAGAAUAUUGAUUAAUCAUCAUUUAACAUCAUUAUUUAAUAUUAAACAGCUUCCACGGGAAUCAGAGCGAUCUCUACGAUUUUUGGUUGACCACGUGACCAAAAAUUUGCGCGCGUUAACAAGCCUAGGACAGCCCACUGACAAAUGGGAUGUACUAAUAAUAUUUAUGUUAUCAUCUAAGCUAGAUAGCAAUACGUUGUUAAAAUGGGAGGAAUAUCGCAACAAUUUGGAAGGCGACGUACCUACCCUCGAACAAUUUUAUAAAUUUAUGAUAGGCCGUGCUGAUGUGCUCGAGUCAUUGAAUCGUAAUAAUCGGUCUGACGUUAGUAGCGUGUCAAAGAUGACCAGUGCCCCUGUGCGUUCUAUAGCUAAUAAUAAUUAUAUUCAAAGGCAAGGUCAAAAUCAAAACAAUGUCGUAAAAUCGUUUGCGAGCACCAGCAAAAAUUGUAGCAAGAAACCAAAUACUACAUUUAUGUGUAUUAUUUGCAAUGAGCGUCAUAGGAUAUAUGAUUGUCCAACGUUUAAAGCGAAGGGGGUUGACGAGCGAAUGAUGGACGUGACGAAGUAUAAAUUGUGUGUUAAUUGUUUGAGACAAGGUCACCCCGAAAGCGAGUGUCGCAUGGGUCCAUGCCGUGAACGCGGCUGCACCGAGCGGCACAAUAGUCUGCUACAUCGCCCAUCAUCCUCCUCAAGCCACCUCGCUCUCAUUGAUGAACAAGAUGAAAAUGAAAUUAUCGUUAACUAUUCUAAUCACAAUACAAAUCAGGUGUUAUUAUCUACUGCUAUCAUUGAAGUAUCGAAUCCAGUUGAUCAUCAAAAGGUCAAAGUUCGUGCUCUUUUAGAUUGCGGAAGCCAAUCGUCAUUUAUAUCUGAGUCCCUAAAGACCAGACUGUCAUUAAAGUCUCGCCACAUUGACACACUAAAGGUCAUUGGUGUAGGCAAUACUUCUUCAAUGAAUGUAAUUGAAAGUUGUAAUAUUCAAUUAAAAGCAACAAAUAGUAAUUUCAGUGCAAUGUUAUCGUGUUUUGUGUUAAAUGAGCUCACCGGUCGUUUACCAAAGACGCCGGUUGACAUCAAGUCAAUUAAAUUACCAGAAAAUAUUCAGUUGGCUGACCCCAUGUUUUAUCAGCCAGCUCCCAUAGAUGUACUAAUAGGUGCUGAUCUCUUCUGGGACAUUCUAGGCAACGAACAACGUUCUCUAGGACCAAACAAUCCUAAGUUAAGGAGUUCACAGUUAGGAUGGAUAAUCUCUGGCCCUAUAAAUUCAGCAGUAUCUAGCAAUAGGAUACACUGUAAUCACGCCAUUGUCUCUUCAUCACAAAACGAAAAUAUAGAACAGUUGGUUUCUAAGUUUUGGGAGCUAGAAGCAGUUCCGAAAAGGUCAAUCAUAAGUGAAGAUGAAAGCGAGUGUGAAAGGCACUUUCUCGCUAAUACCAUAAGAGAUGAAGAAGGUAGGUUUUGUGUCAAAUUACCUUUGAAAGAAUCAGUAGAUUGUUUAGGUGAUAGCUAUAAUCUUGCGAAAAAACGAUUCAUUAAUUUAGAAAAACGGUUCAAGCGUAAUCCAAACCUUAAAUCCGAAUACACAAAAUUCAUAAGAGAAUAUGCAGAAUUAGGGCAUCUCUCUGUAUCUAAUUAUAAUAGUUCACCUGUCCCUCCCCCAGCGUACUACUUGUGUCAUCAUGCGGUCAUACGUCAAGAGAGCGAGUCUACCAAGCUCCGCGUAGUAUUCGACGGCUCAGCCUCUUCUACAUCAGGUUACUCAUUGAAUGAUAUUUUGAUGGUAGGCCCCAAUGUCCAAGACACCCUCUUUUCCAUCCUAAUUAGGGCAAGGCAAUACAAGUACCUACUCACUGGAGAUGUGGAAAAAAUGUAUAGGCAGGUGCUUGUAAACGAAAGUGAUAGGAACUUGCAGCUAAUUUUGUGGAGAGAGGACGAGUCACGCCCCAUCCAAACGUUAGUCUUAAAUACCUUAACCUAUGGCACAGCAAGCGCAAGUUACCUCAGUACACGGUGUUUGUGGCAGCUAGGACAGGAACAAGAUGAUGAACUUAUCAAAAACAUCAUCCAAAAUGAUUUUUAUGUAGAUGAUUUAAUAACAGGAGCUGAUGAUCCUCAGCAAUUAAUUUACAUACAAAAGUCAGUAUCCAAUGCAUUAAAAUCAGGUUGUUUUAAUCUUCGAAAAUAUAAGAGCAAUCAUCCGUAUGUAUUUGAUAACCUUGACAUAAAUAAGCAAGACAGUCUAACUAUCAGCGAGUCUUCGAGUACUCUUGGUCUUGGAUGGAAACCCUCUAGCGACACUUUACAUUUUCCUAUUAGGGUGACACAGGAACCAGAUGUACCUAUAACGAAACGUUUUAUAAUGUCAAAUUCCUUCAAAAUAUUCGAUCCUUUAGGUGUUCUCAGCCCUGUAAUAGUAGUACCUAAAAUGAUGUUGCAAAGGCUAUGGAAAGAAAAACUGGACUGGGAUCAACCAGUACCCUCCGAAAUAAAAAAGGAAUGGACUAAAUUUACGGACAACUUAAAAUUCUUAUCUAAUUUACAAAUUCCGAGGUGGGUGUUAUGUGAUUCUCCUAAAUAUAUAGAAUUACAUUCGUUUAGUGACGCUUCUCAGUCCGCAUUUGGAUCAUGUGUUUAUAUUAAGUCAAUUAGCACAAAUGGUGACGUCACCGUUAAAUUACUAUGUGGAAAGUCUAAAGUAGCACCAUUAAAGCCGACCAGUAUCCCACGAUUAGAGUUAUGUGCCGCCUUGCUUGCUACUAAGCUUACUAAGUCUGUAGUCGAUUCCUUGAGAUACAAGCCCGCCAGGAUUGUGUACUGGUGUGACUCGAGUGUGGUUCUGGGCUGGAUUAAAGGUGAUAUCACUAGACUGAAAACAUUUGUAGCUAAUCGUAUUAGCGAAAUAUUAGAGCAUGCUUCACCGCUAUCAUGGAGAUACGUUCCAACCGAUUUAAAUCCUGCGGAUUGCAUUUCAAGAGGGGUAAGUGCAAAAAACAUCAUGUCGUUGUCACUUUGGUGGUCGGGACCAACAUUUUUACUUGAAAAUGAAAACAAAUGGCCAGUAUUGAAUGCCAAGGAAUCUGAUCCUUUACCCGAAUUGAAAGUGCACUCUGCAACAAUUAGUGAACCUUUUUUAGAUUUUGAAAGAUAUUCUUCUCUCAAUAGAUUACAACGUUUAUUUGCUUACGUGCAAAGAUUCAUAUUUAACACUAGAAAUAGCAAUGCAAAACGCGUAGGUUUAUUAACGGUUGAGGAAUUACGUGAUUCAUGGCAUUCAUUAUGUAUUAUCGCUCAAACUCAAUCCUUCACAACUGAAUACGAUUUGCUAGCUAAAAAUAAACCUUUAAGUAAUAAAAGCAAAAUUUUAAGUUUGUCUCCAUUCUUAAGUAAUAAAUUAAUGCGAGUUGGAGGUAGGUUGGAUGCGGCUAAUUAUUAUUCGUAUGAGAAACGGCACCCAAUUUUACUUCAUGCCUCGCACAGGUUAACAAGACUGCACUUUGAAAGAGAACACGUCAACAAUAUGCACGCGGGUCCUUUACUGUUAUUAUCUAUCGUAAGGGAAACAGUGUGGCCAGUAAACGGACGACAUCUCGCAUGGCGGACGGUUAACAACUGUGUUCGGUGUAGACGUGUACGCGGUGAAACGUUGCAACCUAAAAUGGGUAAUCUACCACUCCAACGUAUAACCCCAGGUCAUCCGUUUUUGUCAGUGGGUCUGGACUUCGCGGGACCGUUCACGAUCGUAAAUCGUAAGGGCCGUGGAAGUCGUUUAAUAAAAUGCUACAUGUGUUUGUUCGUAUGUCUGCGUUAUAAAUGCAUCCACCUCGAAGCUGUGAGUGAUUUAACAAAGGAUGCAUUCAUAAUGACACUUCGGCGUUUCGUAGCGCGCAGAGGCAGGCCAACGGAAAUAUUUUGUGAUAACGGAACUAACUUAGUAGCAGCCGCAAGGGAGUUAGGAUCAUUUAUCAAGCAAAAUCAAAACUCUCUAUUUGAUUUUGCAAGUCAAAAUUCUAUCCAGUUUAAGUUUAUUCCGGCUUACUCGCCUCAUUUUGGUGGUAUUUGGGAAGCCGGCGUUAAGUCGGCUAAAUUCCACUUAAAACGCGUCGUUGGCAAUAGCCACCUUACUUUUGAGGAACUUAAUACUUUAUUUACACAAGUGGAGGCGAUUUUGAACAGCCGUCCCUUGUGUCCCCUAUCAUCCUCUCCUAAUGAUCUCCUUUCCCUUUCCCCAGGACACUUCUUGAUCGGGAGACCGUUAACUGCUCCACCGUCGCAACAACUGGGUGACUCUAAGGAAAGUACACUCCAACGCUAUGAACGCUUAGAAAAAAUGCAGCAACACUUCUGGCAAAGAUGGCAGCGUGAAUAUCUGUCUGAGAUGCAGCAGAGAACAAAAUGGAAAAGCAGUACAUCAAAGCUGGACAUAGGAGAUAUGGUACUCUUGGCAGAUGACAAUGCUCCUCCACUAUCUUGGAAGCUCGGGAGAGUACUACGGCUCAUCACGGGAUCCGAUGGAACAGCGAGAGUAGCAGACAUCACCACUAAUAAAGGCUGUGUGCGCCGAUCUCUAGUAAGGCUGUGCAAGCUGCCGACAGCCGAGGAACUUCAAGGUUGA